CAGGAGGAGGAGGAUCCAAGAUGGCGGCGGCGGCCCGGCCGGGGGGACCGGGCAGGCCUGGGCUGUGAGGCGGGCGGAGCGCGGGGCGGCGGGGCUGGACGGGCCGGAGAGGCGGCGCAGGGGCCGCGGAGGGGUCGGCGGGUCGGCGGAGCUCGCGGGCGUUGUCUUGACACCCCUUUCCCCGCGGCUCGGGGCCGGGGGGGGCGGCCCGCGGCCUGUGAGGGGGCGGCGCGGGGGCGGCGGGGCCUCCAUGGCCCCCUGAGGGGGUCCCGGCGGGCAGCCCCGGAACCCCCCGCUCCCCUCGGUGCGAGGCAUGGAGGAGGGGGAGCAGCAGCGUGCAGGGGGCGGCUGGCCCGAGUGGGGGCCCGGCCCGGGGGGGUCCCCGCCGUGGGUCCCCCCGCCGCCGCCGCCGCCCGACGGGGACGAGGAGCCCAAGCGGGGCCGCGGCGCGGAGUGGGGGGGCCCGGAGCCCUCCGGGGACGCGGGGCCCCCCCGGCCGGCGGCCGCGCCCCCCAAAGCGGCGGGGGACGAGAAGGCCGCGAGCGCCCCGCGGCCCCCCCGGACCGGGGCAGAACCGCGGGCUAAGGGCGGGGGGGGACCCGGCAAAGGAGCCGCGGGGCGCCCCCCGGGCGAGGAGCGGAGCCCCCGCAAAGCCGCCGAGGAGCGCGGGGCCCGCGGCGGCGGGGAGCGGCCCGGAGCCGAGGACAAGGCCCGGCGGCCCCUCGGGGGCACCCGCGGCGGCGGGGCCGGCCCGGAGCAGCGCGGGGAGUGGGGGUCGCCGUGGCUGGCGGCGGAACCGGAGCCCCCCGAGGACUUUUUGCCGCCCCCGGAGUGUCCCGUGUUCGAGCCCAGCUGGGCCGAGUUCAGCGACCCCCUGGGUUACAUCGCCAAGAUCCGCCCGAUCGCCGAGAAAAGCGGAAUCUGCAAAAUCCGACCCCCGGCCGACUGGCAGCCCCCCUUUGCUGUCGAGGUCGACAACUUCAGGUUCACGCCCCGCAUCCAGCGGCUCAACGAGCUGGAGGCUCAGACACGGGUGAAGCUCAACUACCUGGACCAGAUCGCCAAAUUCUGGGAGAUCCAGGGCUCCUCCCUCAAAAUUCCCAACGUGGAGCGGCGAAUCCUCGACCUCUACAGCCUCAGCAAGGUGGUGAUGGAGGAGGGUGGCUACGAGGCCAUCUGCAAGGACCGCCGGUGGGCGCGGGUGGCCCAGCGCCUCUCGUACCCGUCGGGCAAGAACAUCGGCUCGCUGCUGCGGGCGCACUACGAGCGCAUCAUCUACCCCUACGAGAUGUACCAGUCCGGGGCCAACCUGGUGCAGUGCCACGCGCGGCCCUUUGAGAGCGAGGAGAAGGACAGGGAGUACAAACCGCACAGCAUCCCCCUGCGCCAGUCCGUGCAGCCCUCCAAGUUCAACAGCUACGGCCGGCGUGCCAAGCGCCUGCAGCAGGAGCCCGAGCCCACGGAGGAGGACAUCGAAAAGAACCCCGAGCUGAAGAAGCUGCAGAUUUACGGGGCCGGGCCCAAAAUGUUGGGUUUGGGGCUGGUGGCCAAGGAUAAGACCAUGAGGAAGAAAGACAAGGACGGCCCCGAGUGCCCCCCCACGGUGGUGGUGAAGGAGGAGCCUCCGGGGGAGCCCCGGGGGUCCCCAAUUUCCCCGGGGGGGGCUCGGGACGAGCUGCGCCACAGCCCCGAGCCCUGCACCAAGAUGACCAUGAGGCUGCGCCGCAGCCACAGCAACAGCCAGUUCGUGA